CGGUGAAGCCAGUUCAUAUAUUCUACACACGUUAUUUGAACAGAUCAAAGAGAAAUUCUCUUUUGAAGUGUCCAUUCAUUGUGUUGGAGCAUAUUAGAAAUUCUCAUUUGCAUGCCAUAAACCGUUGACUUUAGGAGGGAAGUGUUUCAGUAAUGUGUUUCAGCAGCUGUGCAAACUUGUUCUUUGUUCUGUUCAUACUGUUUUGUUAUGUGUUGGAUGUUGCUAUUGCCGUAGACACCAUCACAUCAUCACAACCCGUCAAGGACCCUGAAACACUAAGAUCCAAAGAUGGUAACUUCACUUUGGGGUUCUUCAGUCCUCAAAACUCCAAAAACCGCUAUGUUGGAAUUUGGUGGAAAUCUCAGUCCACAGUCGUAUGGGUUGCUAACAGAAACCAACCACUGAAUGAUUCUUCUGGAAUUAUUACAAUCUCUGAAGAUGGCAAUCUUGUGGUGUUGAAUGGACAGAAACAAGUGGUUUGGUCAUCAAAUGUGUCCAACACAUCAUCCAAUACAACUUCCCAGUUUUCAGAUUAUGGCAAACUUGUACUUACCGAAACCACAACGGGAAACAUCUUAUGGGAUAGUUUUCAGCAACCUUCAGAUACAUUAUUGCCCGGCAUGAAACUUUCAAGCAACAGUACAAGUAUGAGAGUAAAACUUGCAUCAUGGAAAAGCCCCUCUAAUCCCUCUGUUGGGAGCUUCUCUUCGGGUGUUGUUGAACGCAUAAACAUACUUGAAGUGUUCGUUUGGAAUGAAACUCAACCAUAUUGGCGCAGUGGUCCAUGGAACGGUGGGAUAUUUACGGGGAUACCGAGCAUGUCACCAUAUCGUAAUGGUUUCAAAGGUGGGGAUGAUGGGGAAGCAAAUACGGAAAUCUAUUACACAGUUCCAAGUGCAUUAACAUUUACAAUCUAUAUGUUGAAUUCGCAAGGCCAAUAUGAAGAAAAGUGGUGGUAUGAUGAGAAGAAAGAAAUGCAACUUGUGUGGACAAGUCAAGAAUCAGAUUGUGAUGUUUAUGGCAUGUGUGGACCGUUCACCAGCUGUAAUGCACAGAGCUCACCCAUAUGUAGCUGUUUGAAAGGGUUUGAGCCAAGGAACAAAGAGGAAUGGAAUAGACAAAACUGGACUGGUGGAUGUGUUCGGAGAACACAAUUGCAGUGUGAAAGGGUCAAAGAUCACAACACAAGUAGAGAUACAAAGGAAGAUGGAUUUUUGAAACUGCAAAUGGUUAAAGUUCCAGAUUUUCCAGAAGGGUCCCCUGUUGAGCCAGACAUAUGCAGAAGCCAAUGCUUGGAGAAUUGCUCUUGUGUUGCAUAUACUCAUGAUGAUGGGAUUGGUUGCAUGUCUUGGACUGGGAAUCUACUUGACAUACAACAAUUCUCAGAAGGAGGACUUGAUCUAUAUAUUCGUGUAGCCCACACCGAACUUGAUAAAGGGACAAACACAAAAAUCAUCAUUACGAUAACAGUGAUAAUAGGAACUGUCAUGAUUGUUACUUGUGCAUAUGUCAUGUGGAGGACUUCCAAUCAUCCAGGCAGGAUAUGGAACUUAAUUAAAUCAGCAAGGAAAGGGAACAACAGGGCUUUUGUACGAUUUAACAAUGAUGAAACACCAAACCAUCCAAGCCACAAAGUAAUUGAAGAACUGUCACAAGUUACACUACCGGAGCUGUUACUGUUCAACUUUGAAAGGGUUGCAACAGCUACAAACAGCUUCGACUUGUCCAACAAACUUGGGCAGGGUGGUUUUGGUCCAGUGUACAAGGGAAAACUACAAGAUGGACAGGAAAUAGCAGUUAAGAGACUUUCUAGAGCGUCUGGACAAGGUCUAGAAGAAUUCAUGAAUGAAGUUGUGGUGAUUUCCAAGCUUCAACACCGCAAUCUUGUAAGACUUUUUGGCUGCUGUGCUGAAGGCGAUGAAAAGAUGUUGAUAUAUGAAUACAUGCCAAACAAAAGUUUGGAUGUGUUUAUCUUUGAUCAAUCAAGAAGUAAACUCCUUGAUUGGAGGAAGCGCAGUAGCAUAAUAGAAGGAAUAGCUCGAGGGUUGCUUUAUCUUCACAGAGACUCCAGACUAAGAAUUAUACACAGAGAUUUGAAGGCAAGUAAUAUCUUGCUAGAUGAAGAGCUGAAUCCAAAAAUAUCAGACUUUGGUAUGGCUAGAAUCUUUGGAGGGACUGAAGAUCAGGCCAACACUAAUAGGAUUGUUGGAACCUAUGGCUAUAUGUCCCCUGAAUAUGCAAUGCAAGGAUUAUUUUCAGAGAAAUCAGAUGUCUUUAGCUUUGGUGUUUUGGUACUAGAGAUUGUUAGUGGAAGAAGAAACUCAAGCUUUUACGACAACGUGCAUGCUCUUAGCCUUUUGGGAUUUGCCUGGAUACAAUGGAGAGAAGGCAAUACGUUAUCUUUAAUGAUGGAUCAAGAAAUACACGAUCCUAGUCAUCAUGAAGAUAUUUUAAGGUACAUACACAUAGGACUUCUUUGUGUACAAGAACAUGCUGUAGACAGGCCCACUAUGGCUGCGGUAAUUUCUAUGCUUAGCAGUGAGCUUGCGCUUCCUCCUCCAAGUCAACCUGCAUUCAUCCUGCAGCAAAAUAUGUUAAAUUUGGCGUCAUCUGAAGAAACUCUUAGAUGUUGCUCCAUCAAUAUUGUUAGUGUCACAGAUAUCCAAGGUAGAUAGCAAAUUUGAGAGGAGAAUCAAAUAUAGCUUUGGUCAAUAUACUUGUACCAAUGAUUUUAGUACCAGCCCUGUGGGUGGUUUUUGAGGCGAUGGCCCUGGGCACUUGGUUGAAGAGGGGGAAAACUGAAGGAAAAAAAAAAGUUUUCAAUUUUUUAGUAAUGACACUUCAACUUUCGAUUCCCAAAUUUCUAAACUCCUAUUCACAUGUAAUGGUUUUCAUUUGUAUCUCUUAUUAUGAGUUGAGAUAAUAUUUCGUAUGUAACAAACUAUACCAUUGUAAAAUAUAUAUGUGUAUAUUCACAUUUUAGAAACUUAAUUUCA